AGUCUGGGACUAAUAGAGUCUAGGUAUUCUGAAAUUUCAGAGUGAUCAUAUUUGUAAGCAGGGAUUUGAAGUCCUCUUUUUUUAAAAUAGAGAAACUUCAAUAAUCAGAGCUGUUGAAUAAUUAGAACUAGAAAAAUAUUAUUCUUCAAAAUUCUUCUGUGGAUGGAAAGAUGCUCGUUGUCAGGUUGGAUGAACCCCAGUAUUUCUGACACCACAUUUCAUCUCCGCUUCCUGCUUCCCAGGGGCUGAGGGAGGGCAGACGUGGCAGAGGAAUCAGUCCUCUCUGGCAGACUUCGUCCUGGAGGGGCUCUUUGAUGACUCUCUCGCCCACCUUUUCCUUUUCUCCUUGACCAUGGUGGUCUUCCUUAUUGCCGUGAGUGGCAACACCCUCACCCUUCUCCUCAUCUGUGCCGAUCCCCGGCUUCAUACACCCAUGUACCUCCUCCUCAGCCAGCUCUCCCUCAUGGAUCUGAUGCCCGUCUCUACAACCAUCCCCAAGAUGGCGACCAACUACCUAUCUGGCCAGAAGUCCAUCUCCUUUGUGGGCUGUGCGACCCAGCACUUCCUCUAUCUGACUCUGGGUGGGGCGGAGUGUCUUCUCCUAACUUUCAUGUCCUACGACCGCUACGUUGCCAUCUGCCAUCCACUGCGCUACACUGUUCUCAUGAACAGAAAGGUGACGCUAAUGAUGGCUGCCACGUCUUGGUUGGGAGCAUCCCUGAAUUCCCUAAUUUACACGGCAAGCUUGAUGCACUUCCCUUUCUGUGGGCCUCGACAAAUCCACCACUUCUACUGUGAGUUUCCAGCUGUUGUGAAGCUGGUAUGUGGAGACAUCCCUGUGUAUGAGGCCACAGUAUACAUCAGUACCCUCCUCCUCCUCCUCCUCCCCAUCCUCUUGGUUUCUGCAUCCUAUGUCUUCAUCCUCCACAGUGUCAUUCAGAUGCGUGCAGCUGGGAGUAAGAGAAAUGCCUUUGCCACUUGCAGCUCUCACCUCACUGUGGUUUCCCUCUGGUUUGGUGCUUGCAUCUUCUCAUACAUGAGGCCCAGGUCCCAGCGCACUCCACUGCAAGACAAAGUUGGUUCUGUGUUCUACAGCAUCAUCACUCCCACAUUGAAUCCGUUGAUUUAUACUCUCCGGAAUAAGGAUGUAGCUAAGGCUCUGAGGAGGGUGCUGGGGAGAGACCUUAUCACUCAAAGAUCGCAAGUGCAGUUAUCCUGA